AUGAUAUUUGGCUCACGGAGACAUGCUACCCAUGGCCACGUCACUGGGUGUUACUUCACCGAACCGCUCAAUGAAUGGCAUCUCCAACGAUGCUAUCUCCCCCAGCUAGAACUCUCCGUCUACACGCACAUCGUAGGCUCGUCAAGCAGAACGACUCUGACGCAGACAUUCGUCAACCCUUCUGCCGAGAAGAGUAUCCCAGAACUGAGGUACACCUUCCCUCUGUAUGAUGGCGUCUCUGUCGUUGGUUUUGUGUGCACCAUCGGAGAUCGUGUAAUUCGUGGUGUCGUCAAGGAAAAAUCACAAGCUCGCAAAGUGUACCAGGAAGCUGUCGACAGAGGCGAAUCCGCUGGUCUGUUGGAACAGCUUCCCAAUGCCAGUGAUGUCUUCACCACCACCGUCGGCAACGUCCCUGCUGGUGUCUCUCUCAAGGUGGAGAUCACCUAUCUGGGCGAGCUGAAGAAUGACGCCGGCGUGGAUGGAAUUCGCUACACCAUCCCAACCUCCGUUGCUCCUCGCUACGGUGAUUUCCCCGGUACUCUUCUCGAUGCCCCCCAAGCCGUUACCAAGUCUGGUAUCCAGAUCACUGUCGAUGUUGAGACGCCUAACAGCUCAAACAUCAAGAACAUUCAGUCCCCCUCCCACCCCAUAUCUGUUACCAUUGGCAACACCUCCUCUGGAGCAGCUGCCGGCACUGAUAUGUCUUUGCAGAAAGCCUCCGCUAGCCUCGCCCUUGGCACCGCAGAGCUUGCUCAAGACUUCAUCUUGCAAGUAGUUGCCACCAAUACGGGCAACCCGAUUGCCCUGCUCGAGACACACCCUGAUAUUCCCCAGCAGCGGGCCUUGAUGGCUACACUGGUACCAAAGUUCAAUCUCCCCUCAUCACGCCCCGAGAUUGUCUUUGUCUGCGACCGCUCUGGCUCCAUGGGCGGUACUAGAAUCGAAGGACUCAAGUCUGCUCUUCGCAUUUUCCUCAAGUCCAUCCCCGUGGGCGCCAAGUUCAACAUUUGUUCUUUCGGUUCAAGGCACGAGUUUCUGUUUCCAGAGGGCUCUCGGUCGUACGACCAGGAGACUCUCCAGCGAGCGAUGGAAUACACGAAUCUUAUGCGCGCCGAUUUUGGAGGUACCGAGAUGUAUCGACCACUCGAAGCUGCGUUCGAGAAGCGCUACAAAGAUAUGGACCUGGAAGUCUUUUUGCUCACUGACGGCGAGAUUUGGGACCAGGGACAGCUCUUCACCAUGACCAACGAGAAGGUGUCGGAAUCCAAGGGCGCCAUCCGCUUGUUUACCUUGGGCAUCGGUAAUGAUGUCAGCCAUGCUCUCAUCGAAGGCGUUGCUCGUGCUGGCAAUGGGUUUGCCCAGUCCGUUACCGACGGCGAGAAGAUGAACGCCAAGGUAGUUAGGAUGCUCAAGGCGGGUCUGACUCCUCACAUCAAGGACUACACCUUGGAGAUCAAGUACGACAAGGACUCUGACGCGGAAGCCAAGAGCAAAAAGGUGGGAGACGAUGACCUUGAAAUUGUCGAUGAUUUUGAAAUUGUCGAAAAGGUCCACGACUCUUUGGCCAUCCGUCUUGCUGAGGACAAGGCUCCCGCUGGCGCUGACAAGCCAAUUUCCCUCUUCAACCCCUCAGCUGGUCUCGACACCGAGAUUACCGACGCUGAUGCCGACACCUCUUCCGGAGGGAAGUACUCACACGUCCCCUCAGUCCCAGAGCCUAAGAUCCUCCAAGCGCCUUUCACCAUCCCCCCGCUCUACCCAUUCAUCAGGACCACCGUGUACCUUCUGCUCUCCCCUGGCACGACACAGAAGACACCCAAAUCAGUCAUCCUCCGCGCCACUUCUGCCCACGGGCCUCUCGAGCUUGAGAUCCCCGUCGCCGUGUUGGAAGAAAAGGGCCAGACGAUCCACCAGCUCGCCGCGCGCAAAGCCGUACAGGAACUCGAAGAGGGUCGCGGCUGGCUGUACCAUGCCAAGGACUCGGAGGAUCCAGAGCAGAAGCUGCUCAAGGACAAGUACGAGGGCCGCUUCUCCGAUACGGUAGAACGAGAGGCCGUCAGGCUUGGAGUCACCUUCCAGGUGGGAAGCAAGUGGUGCAGCUAUGUCGCGGUGGAGGAGAAGGAUCAGACGGAGACCGAAGUGAAGCAGCAGGUUGCUGAAACUUCCGCUGAUGACAGCUCUGAGUUUGAGUCUGUCGCUGUCAGGAAGCGAGGUAGGCGUAGAAAAGCCGCCCGGAUGGCUUCCUCCCCUGUCGUCGACCUUUCUAACCCGAUAUCUCCUGCCGGAGGAGGCCUCUUUGGUGCUCAGCCAGCAGCUGCUACGUAUUCUCUGGCAUCGGUUGGCGGGGGGCUCUUUGGUGCAGCUCCGGCUCCGCUAGCACUUUCUUCACGUCAAGCAGUGCAGGCGACUCCAGUUACAGCAGGCUUUGGAGCCUUAACCAGGUCUAACGGCUAUUCAGCUGCAACUAGUGCCUUCAGGGCCACUUCCACUGGCGCAGAUACGGUUUCGGGUUUCGCAGCUUCCAAUAGCUCCGGCGGCAGCCUUUUCGGCGCCAAUAACGCACAUAGGCGGGAUGCCGCCCAGCCGCAGCCACCACAGCAGCUUCCGCAAGCCCAACAACAAGCCCUAUCACAACUCCAGCGGAUGAUGGAGCCAGACCGUAGGGCCAGCAGAAGGUAUUCCAGUUACAACCCCUCCAGUCCCCCUAAUCCCGUUGGUGGUAGACCCUCCUACGUCCCAGUCCUACAGGCCCACAGCCCGAGGGGCACAGGCACAACUCCCUUCGGCGCCUCAGCCUUAUAUAAUCCAGAAGCCACCGAUGUGACGCCCGAGAUGGCUACAUACCUCGAGCCACUCGCAGCACUCGUGAACCUGCAGCAGUUCGAUGGUUCCUGGUCUUGGAGUCAGCAACUGCUCGAUGUUUUGGGGCAGUCUCAGUCGACGGAGGAGAGCUAUGGAGUGUCUGUUCCGAACACAAACAUGCUCGCCACAGCUUUGGUGCUGGCGUAUUUGGAGGUCAAGCUGGCACACGAAAAGGACGAGUGGGAGAUGUUGGCCGAUAAGGCUAGGGAGUGGUUGAGGAGUGAGCUUGCCAGCUCUGGCCAGCAGGGUCUCUUGUCGGUUGAGGAGUAUGUGGAGAAGCUCAAGCAGGCUUUGUAA